UUCAUUUCAGUUUAAUAUGGAAAAAAUAAAGUACCUGAUUAUAUUAGCGACGCUUUUACAAGCAUGCGCUCCGUACAAAAUUCUCGUGGUGUUUCCGUUGCCCGGAAAAAGUCACAAUAUUCUCGGGCAGGCGAUCGUCAGGCACCUCUUGAAUGCUGGACAUGAAGUCACAUACGUUACACCCUUUCCCACCGGCAAAACGACUGAUAAGUACCACGAAGUCAAUCUCAGCAAGAAUUUGGAGAGCCAUAAAAAAAGUGAUGCCAUAUUUAACCUGAAGACAGUGAUUGAUAAGACAGGUAAACAAGAAAUGUUGAGCAUGUUGCCACGGAUGAUAGAAAUGUUAAAGAUGAAUCUGGAGAAUGACAACCUGAAGGAGUUUCUCGGAGACACCACGCAGGACUUCGACGCCGUCAUUCCAGAGUGGCUGUUCAGUGAUACAUAUGCCGGAUUCGCCACUGUAUACAAUUGCCCAUUAAUCUGGUUCGCGUCCACCGAACCUCACUGGAUGGUUCUGAAGCUGGUCCAUGAGGUCUCAAACCCAGCAUUCAACCCGAGUAUUUUGUCAACAACGUCACCACCGUUUUCUUUCGCUGAGCGAGCUACCAGCUUGAUGGGCCAGUUUAUGUUUUUAGCUCUCAAAUACUUCUACCUUGGUCCUGCUGAAAAAACCAUAUUCGAAGAAUAUUUUGGCCCGUUCGUUCAAAUGAGGGGAAGACCGCUGCCAGAGUAUGAAGAAAUUCUACACAACGGCUCUUUGCUCCUGACUAACUCCCACUCUUCGCUGAGUCAGCCCGUGAGCGUGCCUCCGAACACCAAGGAAAUUUCCGGAUACCAUAUUGAUCCUAACACGAAACCUUUACCCGCAGAUCUACAAAAACUUAUGGAUGAAGCUGAGCAUGGAGUCAUCUACUUCAGCAUGGGAAGCAAUGCCAAGAGCAAAGAUUUUCCCGACGAACUAAAACAAGAUUUUCUGAAAAUGUUCGGUACUUUGAAACAGACUGUACUCUGGAAGUUUGAAGAACAGCUUCCCAAUUUACCUAAGAAUGUCCACAUUUUGCAUUGGGCGCCGCAAGACAGUAUCCUUGCCCAUCCGAAUUUGCGUGUCUUCAUUACGCACGGCGGUCUUCUGUCUACUACUGAAACAGUUUUCUUCGGGGUCCCAGCAGUAGUGAUGCCGUAUGGACUCGACCAACACCUCAAUGCAGAGAGGGCUGUUAACAAAGGGUUUGCACUGAAAGUCGACCUCUCUUACGAAAUGGCUGGUCACAUGAAGCUGGCUAUAGAGGAAAUUCUGAGCAAUCCCAAGUACACCGAAAGAGUGAAGCAGCUAUCUUCGAUUUACCACGACCGUCCAGUACCCCCCGGCAAAGAGCUGGUGCACUGGGUGGAGCACGUGGUGCGCACGCGCGGCGCGCCGCAUCUGCGCUCCCCCGCGCUGAAGCUACCCUGGUACCAGAAGAUGUACCUCGACCUUCUAGCAGCAGUUUUACUAGCAUUGUUUGUCGUUAAAUUAAUAUUGAAAAAGUUGUGGGGUAUAGGAAAAAUAAUUUUAAGAAAAUUAGGAUUAGUGAAAUCGCCCGUUGUUAAGAACAAGAAAAAGACUAAGUAGUGGUUUUAAUACGUUGUUAAUUAAAAUCGAAUUUAAA